AUGUGGGGUAAGGAUGCCUCAAAGCAGCUUAGACUGAUGUCUUCAAAACUGCAAGAUUUCCAAGAGGCUAUACCUCUGGAUAUGCUUCCAAACAUCUUCGCAGAAGCCAUUCGGAUCACCCGCUACCUCAACUUCAAGUACCUGUGGAUCGAUUCGCUCUGCAUCAUACAAGACUCUAAAUCUGACUGGACGGCGGAGGCGAACAUGAUGUCUGCUGUAUACAAUAACGCCGUCUGUACAAUUGCAUUCGUUUUGCCACCCGAGGUCAGCUACGACUCCACUCAGCUCCGAGAAGAUCCACGAGUAUCAACGCCUUGUGUCAUUCGCGAACCCAUGCAAUUCAAGCAUGGUAUAAUUGUCACACUUGAUAGAGCUGCGCAAACUACAGAAUCAUCACACAGGGACUGGCCCCUAUCCUCAAGAGCAUGGACCUUACAAGAGCAGAUAUUGAGUCCACGCACGAUCUUCUGGGGAGAUGAUACUAUCAAGUGGGAGUGUGUAGAAACAUUUUGCGAUGAGUUGGUUGGUGACGGUGACCUGAUAGGAAUAUCGAAAGGGCAUUCCCCAGACCUCACCCUAAGAGAGCUCUUAUCUCCGCGCUUCUGUUCUCAACCGAAUGAAUCGAAACGAGGAGUAUCAGGCCAAACCGGAGAGUACAAUAUAAUCUCCAAUUGGAACAGAUUGAUAAACGAUUAUAGAAGAAGAGACCUCACGCACGCAAACGAUAGGAUCAUGGCCUUUGCUGGGAUCGCACAAGCUUUCCAAGCGGAACACGGGCUGGUCUACUUAGCUGGAAUGUGGAAGGAACACUUGCCACGCUCACUGCUGUGGUUUAUAGAUGAUCCGGCGAAUAUUGUGGAAAGCUUGUCGUUGACGCCUCAUCCGAUGGCGAUGAUGAAGGGGUUGACUUUCUCUGACCCCAUACUGAAUUCUGCGCCGACGUGGUCAUUCUUCGCCAGUGCUAUCUACUCGAAUCGCUUGGACCGGGACGUUCAUCUUACGCACGGUCAACAAGCGAUUUUCGGUCUAGGAUAUGUCCUAUUCUCAGCUGCACUUUUGCAUUUUGCAUGGCCCAACGCGCCCGUGGAUUACAGCCCCCCAACGGCUUACUAUGACUUCGUCGGCUUACAAAUCUCACUCAAAUUUAUAAUGAUUGACGUUGCGUCACCGUUACCGAGAGAGCAAGAGCUAUAUGACCGCACCUUCCGCAGUAAAAGCUUAGAAGCACAAUUAGGUUCACUGUUCGAAAUUGGCGGGGAUUUUAAGAAGGUCUGUUUGUAUUUUGAUGACAACGGAAAGAUCGAUCAGAUCUCGACUCAGAUUCGCAUCGCUAUUGUCGAGGAGCGCUGGCGUGAAUACCACGGAGUAUAUAAUUUUGAAGGCCUAAUCUUGGAGCCUGGAGAAGAAGAGGACACAUGGAAGCGAUUGGGUUAUUGCUACGGGGAAGCUGAGUCUGAUCUGUCAUACACGACGAUUGCAGAAAAACCUCUUCCAGAAAGCAGGACUUCCAUGUCAGGCGAAAAUUCUCUAUUCCUGCGCCUCGAAGGAGCAAAGAUGGAGACCCUUACUUUAGUGUAG